AUGAAGGCCGGCCAGUGGAACGGGUCGACAAAGUCCAUUGAGCUCAACAAUGUGCCCGUCCCCGAGCCUGCGGAAGGCCAGUUCCUCAUCAAGAUGCACUCCGCGUCCCUGUGCCACUCGGACCUGAUGCCCGAGGGCCGCCCGGACGCGCCGACCACAAUGGGCCACGAGGGCGUCGGCUUCGUCGAGGCGAUCCACCCGUCCGCCGCGGGGAAGGGCUUUGUUGUGGGCGACGCCGUGGGCUUUCUGCCGUUCCUGGACGCCUGUUUUGCGUGCGACGCGUGCCACGUGCACAACCUCCGCUGCGAGCAGGGGACGACCAAGCUGCAAGGUACGUUCCACGCCGUCACGGGCUGCGAGCUGGUGCCGGGCGCGUGGCUGGCCGUUGUCGGCUGCGGCGGUCUCGGCCAGUACGCGACGCAGUUUGCCAAGGCCAUGAGCUACAAGGUGGUGGGCGUGGACAUCCAGGACGACGUGCUGGCGGCCGUCACGGCGCUGGGCGCAGACGCUGUCAUCAACACGCGGACGACGACGGCGGCCAAUGUCGACGAGGCCAUCCACACGCUCACGGCCAAGGGCGUGCACGCCACGGCCGUGUUCUCGGCCGCCACGGCCGCCUACGAGACGGCCAUCACGCUGUUGCGCCCCGGUGGCCUGCUCAUGGUGGUCGGCAUCACGGACACGCCGCUGCCCGUCACCGCCAUGGACCUGUGCACGGGUCGGUACCGCCUCAAGGCCGAAAACACGGGCACUGCUCGCCGCCUGCCGCCCGUGCUGGCCUUUGCCGCUCAGCACCGCAUCCAGCCGGCUGUCGACGUCCGCACGCUCGAGGACCUGCCGUCCAUGGUCGAGGCCAUGCGCCAGGGUCAGGCCACGCGCAGGCAGGUGGUCCUGUUUUAG